UACAACUUUCACUAUACUCAAAAGAGAAGCUUCCCUUCACAAUUUUCAGAUCCCUUUACCAACGUUCUAAAAGUUCAAACGAUUUCCGCUAUCUUUCUCUGCUGUUCUCAAUGUCGCAACUAAACGGCGCUUACUACGGUCCCUCCAUUCCGCCGCCGAAGUCCUACCGCCGUCCGUCGCGCAGCGGAGGAGGAUGCGGCUGCCUGAGUUGCUGCUGUGGCUGUAUCUUCGACUGCAUCAUUAGCCUCAUCUGCAAGAUCCUCGUGACCGUGCUCGUCAUCGCCGCCGUACUCGUGUUCCUCUUCUGGCUCAUCGUGCGUCCCAAUGUUCUCAAAUUCCACGUCACCGAUGCUUCACUCACGCGCUUCACGUACUCCAACAACACGCUCCACUACAACCUCGCCCUCAACGUUUCCAUCCGCAACCCCAACAAAAGAGUCGGCGUCUACUACGACCAAAUCGAAGCGGUCGCUUUAUACGAGGAUGCUCGAUUCGCCUCCCAGACCCUGGGGCCUUUCUUCCAGCACACAAAAAACACCACCUUCAUCAGCCCCCUCUUCAAUGGCCAGCGCGUGACACCACUCACCGCGGAACAGGGUUCCCAGUUCGAAAAGGACAACGACUCCGGGAUUUUCCCCAUUGACGUGAAGCUCUUCAUGAAUGUCCGGUUCAAGUUCUUGUUCUUCAAAAGCCAUACCAUCAGACCCAAUAUUCGGUGUGGGUUGCACGUGCCGCUGAAAUCGCGUAACGGAACUAGCUCCCCGGACGCUGCGUUUGAGGCCACGGAGUGCGAUUGGAUUUACAAACGGUGGUGGAUCCGUUGAGUUUUUUUUUUUUUUUUUUUAUUUGUUUGGAUCGAGGUUUCUUGGUUCUUUAUCUUGCUUCACUGAUUUCUUUCGGUGAUGUAUAUUUUCUUGAUCACAUUUGUUCCCAAAUUGAUGGCUAGCAGAUCCAUAUCUUAUGAAUUUAUUUUUUAUAUUCUUCAUAAACGUCUCAAUUUCACUCUGUAAAGUUUGUAGACUUAAUAUUUUGGUCUUGAAAAUAGGAUAAAUCUUUGUUUUA